AUCGUUAUCGCACUGCCUAUCAGCCCCACCAGAUUCUCUCUCUCUCUCUCCCUCCUCGCUGGUCUCUCAAAUCUAUCUUCUCUCUCUAUAAAAGCGGCCCAACUUUCACGCCCCUUGCGACACACGAGCGCCGGAGCCAGUGAUCCACAGGGGGAGAGAGAGAUAGCCAAACAAGGAUCUUUCAUGGGCCUUUACCUUCUGCGGUUAUUCAAUGGCCAAUUCUCUCUUCUUCUUCUUUUUAUCCCUUCCUAUCAAAACUAGCACCAAUCUUCUUCUUCUCACUCUUCAUCGUUUGCCCAUUACCGGACUUCACCUUCUCCUUAUCUUCCUUCACUCUCUCUUAUAGCGCUCUCCUCACCGGUUCUCCGGUAACUUUGAUAUUCUCUUUCUUUCUGUUUGUUUCCUUAGAAAAACUGUCCAUACAGACUCCAUUCUCCAAUUUUCUAGAGGAUAAGUGGAAUAAGGAAACGCUUUUUAUAUAGGCUACCUUUUGCUUUAUUUAUUACCAGACAAAAAGAGGUAAUCGCAGCACAAGAUUUUCUUUUUCUGCAUACCCCUUAUUACAAGGUAAUUUUCCCAAAUUCUGUUUGGUGGAAAAAGUGGGAAGGGAUAUUCAGCAGUAAUCUAAGAAUCGUUAAAGAUAUCCAAUCCUGUUUAAACAGUUAAUUUGGAUGGCGUCAGUGUUUCUAUACCAUGUAGUGGGGGAUCUGACGGUGGGAAAGCCGGAAAUGGUGGAAUUCUGCGAGACUGAGACGGUGGAAUCGGCUAUUCGGUCAAUCGGAGAGUCAACGGAGUGUGGAAUUCCGGUGUGGAAGAGGAGAUCGCACUUGGGUAUGAUUGAGAGUAACGAAAUGAGGCAACAGAGAUUUGUGGGUAUCCUUAAUUCUCUCGAUAUAGUGGCGUUUUUGUCUAGAGCUGUGAGCUUGGAGGAUCAGGACAAAGCCAUGAAGACCCCGGUUUCUGAGGUAGUUGUUCGUGAUAACUCCGUAUUGAAACAGGUUGAUCCUGCAACAAGGUUAAUAGAUGCACUGGAGAUGAUGAAGCAAGGUGUAAAGCGCCUUCUAGUCACCAAGGGCAUAGCAUGGAAAGGCAUGAGCAAAAGAUUCUCAAUCCUUUACAAUGGUAAGUGGCUCAAGAAUGCUGACUCUGGCAGCAGCAGCAGCAACAACCUCACCGUCAACCCUGGUCGCCCUUCCUCAUCUUCCACCAGUUCUUGCCGUGACAAGUUCUGUUGUCUCUCUAGAGAAGAUGUUAUCCGUUUUCUGAUUGGUUGCCUUGGCGCUCUAGCUCCAAUUCCUCUUUCCUCCAUCUCUUCUCUUGGAGCCAUUAACUUGAACUACUAUUCAGUUGAGGCCUCUCUUCCAGCCAUUGAAGCUACACAAAAGCGGCCCAAAGACCCUGCUGCCAUUGCCGUGGUGGAGCACAUGCCAGAUGGGCACUGUAAGAUUAUAGGAGAAAUAUCAGCCUCCAGGUUAUGGAAAUGCGAUUAUUUGGCUGCAGCAUGGGCUUUAGCCAAUCUUUCAGCAGGCCAGUUUGUUAUGGGGGUUGAGGACAAUUUGACUGCAAGAUCAUUUCCUGAGUUUACAGUUAACUCAGCAGCUGGGGAGAAUAAUAUAGGUAAUGAUGGUGGUGGAUCAGCGAGAGCAAGGAAAUUCAGCAGCAGGAGCAUUGGGUUCAAUCCAGGAAGCUCGAGUUUUGGAACUGGCAGGAGCAUGUAUAGGGGAAGAAGUGCACCCCUAACAUGUAAAAGUACGAGUUCAUUGGCUGCAGUUAUGGCUCAGAUGCUGUCUCACAGGGCAACCCAUGUAUGGGUGACUGAAGAUAAUGAUGAUGAUGAUGUUUUAGUUGGUGUGGUUGGUUAUGCAGAUAUUCUAUUUGCUGUAACCAAACCACCUUCAUCCUUUAUUCCUAGUAAUCAAUCUUCUGAAUGUUUUGCAACUGAAAAUCAAAAUUGACUUUUAUUUAUUUACUAUAUUGACAUUGCAAUAAUUGUAGUUAACUUCCUUUGCUUCAGCAGUUUUUUGAGGGAUUUAAGCUUUUAUGGGGUUCUUGAAUGUUUCUUGAUGAGUUGUACAAUGUUGUGGUAAUGAAAUUGAUGUAUUUGCUGCGA